AUGUCGCGCCCGCAGGGCACCUCCUCUCAUUCCAAACUCGCUGAUUUCUUUCCUACCGCACCCAGUGUCAUCCAGCAGCGAAAAUCCUCAAAGCUGCCUGACCUCGACAAACCCAAAUCGCGCCGUCCUGAUGAGCGCGCCGAAGAUGCCAACGCCAAAGAGAACCAUCUUCGGCACGCGCUGAACUCGUCGUCGAUCACACCGCAUCCGCCCUCACCCGCUAAACAGCACCAACCGACAAAGAUCGAGGACACCGAACACUACUCCGGCGACCUUCUCAAUGGUGUUGGCUCCGCGAGCUCGUCCAGCACCGCUUCAUCGGUCUUCAGCGCAGCUCUCGCAAAUGCAGCCAUGCCUGGCGCAAAUCAUCUCAACCUCAGCACUCUGACACCCCUCACAAGCUCCGACUCUCCUCCAAAUGGUAAACUCAUAAGUCCACCUGGUGAUUCUGGCUCUCACACUGCAAUGGAUAGCAGCAAACCUGCCUCCUGCCUGCAUCAAGGUUCUAUGACCCCUCUCCAUACUCCUCCUACCCAUCGACGAACCGCCCGGGACUCCAAUGCCGAUGUCAAAGGGACCAAAUGCACCUACGAUCCGGAACUGGACAAAACACUCAGUUCGAAAGACAAGCGCAAGCUGAAGCCUCAGUUCUUAGAGUUUGGUACGAAGCCCGAAGAUAACUUCCAGCCACCGGACCCCCGAUUAUCCAUCCCAAAUUAUACAAAAGCUGUGGUGGGAAAGGGCAAAGCAAAAUUUCGACCUGCACCAUACAAUCUAAAAUCAUGGGUCCCAGACGCUACGACUGCGGUUGCGUUGCCUCCGGCUACCACCGUCGUGGUCACUGGCUUUGACCCUAUGGCCCCUCUUUCGCAGAUCAACGCAUUGUUUUCGAGCUUCGGUGAGAUAGAAGAUUUGGAUAACAAGACAGACCCGGUUACCGGGAGGUUUCUGGGCAUCUGCAGCAUAGCAUAUCGAGACUGCGCCUCCUUCCAGGGCGGAGGUCCUAUAUCUGCCGUCCUGGCUGCCAAGACAGCAUACCUGGAGGGGAAACGUGGACAAAGGAUAGGGCUCAAGACGGUCCAGAUCGUGAUUGAUAGGGAUGGCUCGGUCACGGAAAGAAUGGUGGAAAAGGCGAUUGCGCUGCACCGGAAAGAGAGUGGCUUUACAAAUCAGUCGCGCGUACAACCUUCCCCUUCUCCGGCAUCGACACCAGCCGCAGUGCCAUCGCCUGCUGGCUUCGCAAAAUCUACGGGACCGCCACCUACUGCACCAAAAGGUCCUUCAGGCAAGCCUUCCCUACGACCGCAGUCCACGUUUUCGAGCCCGUUCCCCAUUCCUGCGAAACCAGAGAGGCCUAGCAAGUUGGCAGCGGCUCCUGCGAUGGGUACGGCGACCACCACAUCCGCAGCUACCCUCGUCGAGACUACGCCUAUCGCCGAGACACUGAAAGUACCCUACAUCUUCAUUGCGCAUUGUUAUGUACCUGUCAUGACAACCACCAUACCGCAUCUGAAAAAGAGAUUGAGGAUGUACGAUUGGCGGGAAGUCCGAUGCGACGAAACCGGCUACUUUAUUACCUUUGAGCAAUCACGGAAUGGACAAAUGGAGGCAAAGAAGGUCUUCCACGGCUGUCACAUGCAGCCGUUGUUUACCUAUGUGAUGAAUCUAGAACUACAUCUCAAUGGCAACCACAAAGCAAUCAGUGCGACGGACCCUGCGCCUCUGGCCACAACGGUCACACCGACCGGGCCAGUGGAUUUUGUGUAUUCAAAACAAGCCUACAGAUUGAGAAAGGAGCACGACCUUGAUCUUGAGGAAGAAAAACGCCAACGCGCCAGAGACCUCGAUCCCUCAAGGGCUGUGGUGCAACUUGUCAUCCAGGAGUUAAGGGAUAAGCUGCUCGAAGAUGUGAAAACACGGAUCGCUGCUCCCAUUCUGUACAAUUAUCUGGAUCCUGGCAGGCAUGCCGAGAGGCGGAAGGCGCUUGGUCUAGAUGAUCCUGAAGGCACGCGGAGAUCGGCCUAUGGUGCUGAAGGCUCUCAGACACCAGACUCGCGCAUGGGCGUCGGCCGACAACCCCUUGGAAGUAAGAACCUUAACAUUCUUUCUUUGCCGAAAAUUGGCAAGAGGCCAGGUGCUGGUGGUUUGAUUGGAUAUCGUGAUGAGAGAAAGAAAGCUCCUCCUCGGCAGAAUGUCAGGUCCCUCUUCCAUCAGCUAUCUCAGUUCCACGAAGAGGAAGAUUCAGAGGACGAGGGCAGGACGUCUGGUACUCGAGAUACCGAAGAUCUCGAAAGCCGUCCUCCGAGCCGCAUGAGUAUGACCUCCGUAUCCGACGAUGACGACGAGCUUUUGCGCAAGGCGACCAAACGCCGACUCCAUGCUCGAGAAGAAUCGGAGAUGGGUGAUAGCGUCAUCAAGGAUGAACUUGACGCGUCAAGACAAACUGCAGAAGACCUUAUCAUUGCCAAGCUGGAGAGGAACAUAUAUGAGAUGUCUCCCUCCUCCAGGAAGCGGAAGAGGCUGGUCAAAGAGCUGGAAGCUCGAAAACGCCAGAAAGCAGAUGACGAAUUGUUUGGCGUAGGUCAGAACGAGUUCGAGCGCGAGCAGUCCGAGGAUGUCAAAGUUGAGACUCCUGUUGAAGCCACGCCAGACCCUGAGCCAGAUGCCAUCAAAGUCAAGAAGCCGAAGCCUAAAAAGAAAACCAAGAAGCAGAUUCGGGAAGAGCAAGAAGCACUUCGACAGGCACAGGCCGAAGCUGAAGCCGCCGAGGUGGUGGAUAAUGUCCUGGAAUAUGCUGAAGAGGAAGAGGCACUCGCCGAAGCGGCGGAGUGGCGGCCAGAAGUGGAAUGGGGCGUAUCGGCUGAAGAACCUCUGCCUACUGUGGACGACGACGAAGAUAUCGUUCCUGACCUUCGGGGUUGGCAGGCCAGUCUUUUCGACGCGGAAGAUCUUGAGUAUCUGGCAGCCGCCAUGAAAUCGAAGAAGCCUAUGGACAUUGGUGACCCAAUGGCGUGGGCCUGGAAACAGGAGCGGAUACGUAAUCUCAGGUCCGGGGCUCAACCAGGAGCCCUUAGGACGGACCCUGUUAUUGGUGGUUACUAUGUUCCCAACCAAUCGGGCUCGGCAAGAACGGAGCCUAUCAAAAAGAUCCUGGAGUCUGAAAAGUCGAAAUACCUGCCUCAUCGCAUCAAAGUUCAGAAAGCAAGGGAGAAAAGAGAAGCCGAAGCGAAGAAAGACCCUGGCAAGGCACCUGUGGUGGAACUGCCCAAAGCUUCUUCCCGGGGUAAACGUGCCGAUGAUCGGCGGACGGUCAAGGAUCUGGAUAGACAGCGCGAGAUGCUGCAGAGUAUGGGUGAAGACGCCGACGUUUUGCGCUUCAAUCAGCUUCAGAAGCGCAAGAAACCGGUCAAGUUUGCGCGGUCUGCCAUCCACAACUGGGGACUGUACUCUCUGGAGCGCAUUCAGGCCAGCGAGAUGAUCAUUGAGUACGUCGGGGAGAAGAUUCGACAAGAAAUCGCCGAUCUGCGCGAGAUCAAGUACACCGAGAGCGGCAUCGGUAGCAGUUAUCUCUUCCGUAUCGAUGAAGGGACCGUGGUGGAUGCAACCAAGAAGGGCGGUAUUGCAAGGUUUAUCAACCACAGCUGUUCGCCUAAUUGCACCGCCAAAAUCAUUCGGGUUGGUGGCACGAAACGAAUCGUCAUUUACGCUCUGAGAGAUAUCGAGAAAGUUGCAGAUGAAGAACUGACGUACGACUAUAAAUUCGAGCGCGAGCUUGGCAGUGACGACCGUAUUCCCUGUCUCUGUGGCUCGACCGUCUGCAAAGGAUUCCUCAAUUGA